AAAAAGUAAAAAAGGUAGAAAAGAUAGAAAAGAUAAUAAAAAUAGAAAAAGUAGAAAAGGUAAUAAAGGUAAUAAAAGUAGAAAAGAUAGAAAAGUUAAAAAAUUAAAAAAAGUAAAAAAGAUAGAAAAGCUAGAAAAG